AUUGCAUGUCACCGAAAUCGAUGUCCCACAUUGUGAACCGCGGACGAUAGGCACUUUCCUAAUACAAGCACCUGUGGUUCUGCCAACCCAACAAAGCUCGGAUGCAGGAAUCCUCGGCGGUGCCAGACGCAUCAGGAUGUAGUCAUGUCUCAACUUGGCAAGGGGAAGUCCAAGGCACAUCUGCCAGCGCUCUUCCUUCAUCCCUCGAAUUCGAAUUCGCCGCCAGCCUCGGCUUCUCACAAUUCGCUCCCCAGUUUGGUGCUUGCCGCUACUAGUUCUUCCGCUCCUCACCCCCAAAGUGUCGGUCAGCAGCAGCAACAGCAGCACCAGAACCAGUCUCAGCAAAUGUCUUCCGCGCCCGCCCCCGGACUUGGACGUAGUGGGUCCUUGCGCCGGAGCGAUGCAGGCUCGACCGUCCCAUCAACCGUGGAGCCUCGGGGCGGAGGAGUCGGCGCGGCUGCUACGCUGCGAGGCGGCCCUCUCAAUCUCAAUCUGCCCUUGCCCCAGCUUACUCGUGGGGAGUCGACACGCACGACUGAUAGGACGGACGCGCUCUGGGCCGAAAUGCAGGCCACGCUGGAGGAGGUGGAGCUCUCUGCCACCGGAGGCACGCGCGUCUUUGGGCCUGACCACGAGCGCAAGCUGAGCGAGCUGCGCACGGCACAGAUUGCGCUCGCCCAGGCGUGGGCGCGUAGCGAGGCUGACGACGCCAUCGAGACUACGGCAAGCAACGGCAUAGGCGAGGCCUCGAUGGCUGCGCGUGACCUAAAGGCUUCGGCAGUCGGUGGCGGCGCGGCCUCGGACGGUGCUGGAAAAGCAGCCGCCGAGUCUGGUGCCACAGCCGCUGCCACGAUAGUAGCUGCCAAUGCCGCAAUAGACGGCGGGGCCCGGAGCACGGCCGGAACUGGUAGUGCCAGGCCCGGUAGUAGCGGAAUGGGCGGUGGUGGGCAGGAGAGGUUGGGUGCGAAGCUUGAGGAGGAGACCGAGGUCGAUAUCCUCCUUGCGAGGAAACGGCGCGAGGCCAACGAUCGUUACUUCCAGCGCGUUAACCAAGGCGUCCUUGAUGUUGUCGCGAAGCUGGAAGACGUGGCGACCGCCAUGCGCGCCGUGGAGCAGGAGAGCAAGGAUAUCUGGGGUGACGGAGAGAACGAUAGCGUCCCAGGGAGUGUGAAAACGUAGGCAUGGAAAGAUAGGACGGCUCCCGAGUCUCUCUAUUUACAUGUACACGACGCGUUUCGGGAGUCCUGCUUGGCUCAUAAAACAUCACAUACUUCGAGAUAUUGCUUGCUAAGGCCUUCAGCGUUGUUGAUAAAGCGAGAGGAACAGUCAGUAUCCAAAGCAAAAUAGUUCUCCUGGCAAAUAUACACAUAUCGGGCCCCA